AUGGCUGCUGCCCUGCGCCUGGGGGGCGGCGGGGGCGGGGGGCUGCGGCUGCUGUCCGGCCUGGGCUGGGGGCGGCCCCGGGGCCUCGGAGCCCUGGGGGGUCCGGCGGGGGGUCCGGCCACCCGGCUGCGGGGCGGCCCGGGGCACUACGCGGAGCAGCUGGAGCUGGCGGCCCGGGACCCCCCAGCCUUCUGGGGCCCGCUGGCCCGGGGGUCGCUGCGCUGGGACUGCCCCUUCCACACCGUCCGGGACUGCGACUUCGGCCGCGGCAAGGUGGCCUGGUUCCUGGGCGGCCGGCUGAACGUGUCCGUGAACUGCUUAGAUCGGCAUGUCCAAAGGUCCCCGGACAAAGUGGCUUUGAUCUGGGAGAGAGAUGAACCUGGAACCGAAGUGAGAGUCACAUACAGGGAACUUCUGGACAUCACGUGCCGCCUCGCCAAUAUUCUGAAAAAACAUGGGGUGAGCCGUGGGGACAGAGUGGCCCUGUACAUGCCUGUGUCUCCUUUGGCGGUGGCAGCCAUGCUGGCUUGUGCCCGGGUCGGGGCUGUGCACACGGUGAUCUUUGCUGGAUUCAGCGCCGAGUCUUUGGCUGGACGAAUCAAUGAUGCAAAAUGCAAAGUGGUCAUCACUGCCAACCAGGGCCUGAGAGGAGGCCGAGUCAUUGAGCUGAAGAAGAUAGUGGAUGAAGCCGUAAAAAAUUGCCCUUCAGUCAAGUGUGUCCUGGUGGUUCAGAGGACAGACAACAAAGUGCCCAUGGGGAAUCUGGACAUCCUCCUGGAAGAUGAGAUGACCCAAGCAAGUGCAGUGUGUCCUCCCGAGUCCAUGGACAGUGAAGACAUGCUGUUUCUGCUUUACACUUCAGGGAGCACAGGCUCACCAAAGGGGCUGGUCCACACUCAAGCUGGAUACUUGCUUUAUGCUGCUCUGACCCACAAGCAUGUCUUUGACUACCGGGAAGGGGAUGUGUUUGGCUGUGUGGCAGAUAUCGGUUGGAUCACGGGACACACUUACGUGGUAUAUGGGCCACUCUGCAAUGGAGCCACCACAGUCCUGUUUGAGAGCACUCCAAUAUACCCAAAUGCAGGUCGAUACUGGGAAACUGUGCAGAGGUUAAAAAUUAACCAGUUUUACGGUGCUCCCACUGCUGUGCGACUGCUACUGAAAUAUGGAGAUGAUUGGGUGAAGAAGUAUGAUCUGUCUUCCUUAAGAACUUUGGGAUCAGUCGGAGAGCCAAUUAACCAGGAGGCUUGGGACUGGCUGUACCACGUGGUGGGAGAUGGCCGGUGCACACUGGUGGACACCUGGUGGCAAACAGAAACAGGGGGAAUUUGCAUCGCCCCGCGACCCUCAGAGGAGGGUGCCGAGAUCCGUCCUGCUAUGGCCAUGAGGCCCUUCUUCGGGAUCUCCCCGACCUUGAUAGAUGAGAAGGGAAAAGUCAUGGAAGGUGGGAACAUCUCUGGUGCCCUGUGCAUCUCCCAGCCUUGGCCUGGCAUGGCAAGAACCAUCUAUGGAGACCAUCAGAGAUUCAUCGAAGCAUACUUCAAUGCCUACCCAGGCCAUUACUUCACUGGGGAUGGUGCCUUCAGGACCUCCGAGGGCUAUUACCAGAUCACCGGAAGGAUGGACGAUGUCAUCAACAUCAGCGGCCAUCGCUUGGGGACGGCAGAGGUUGAAGAUGCCAUGGCCAACCACCCAUCUGUGCCAGAAUCAGCAGUGAUUGGUUAUCCCCAUGACGUCAAGGGAGAAGCUGCAUUUGCUUUCAUAGUGCUGAAAGAAGAAACCAUCCAGCCUGAUGUCAUCAUCAGUGAGCUCAAAUCAAUAGUGGCCAUGAAAAUAGCUAAAUACGCUGUGCCGGAUCAGAUACUGGUGGUGAAGCGUCUUCCAAAAACCAGAUCUGGGAAAGUCAUGAGGCGCCUCCUGAGGAAAAUCAUUGCUGGCAAUACUCGGGAUCUGGGAGAUAUCACAACCUUGGAGGACCCUACCGUUAUUGAUGAAAUAUUAAGUGCCUAUGAGAAACACAAAGCCAAGUCCCCAGCCUCUUAACGGGAACAGAGGCCCAUAGUUUAAAACUUGAGAAAGAUGGGUUUGCCCAAAACCAAGUAAACAAAUCCUCACUCUUUGGGUCUAGCCUCAGAAUAUGGCCUGUCUACAGAAGUCCAGAAUGAAUCUUUUCCAACCUAUCCUUUACCACGCAACUUUUUCCUGGGGUUUCAUUCUUGGAGAGAGACCGACAACACUGAACAACAAAAGAGAAUAUUAGAAGAGGUUGUGAAUGCACUUGCCUUAAAGAAAACUGCAUCCACUGGCUUCUCAAGAGAAAAGCAUGUGGUCAUUCCAAAAUAUCAGUGAUCCUUCUCCAAGACUAAUAGAAGGGAAAAUUUGAUAUUAGAAGCCUAAGUGUUUUUUUAUACUAAAACAAUGGUUUUUCUAGUUGUUCCUAGAUACAAAAGGUAUAGGGACUUUAUUUUUAUAUUUUACCAUUUUGGAAGAAUAACAAAAAAACCCCACAGAAUUUAAAAAUUGAUAUCUCAAAACCAUGUUUUAUAGAAGCAUAUACAUACUUUAUGGUAGUUAUCUGGGAUUAUAAAACACGAUUUCAUUUCCCCAGUUGAGAAAUAAGAAGAGGAAAUAGGCUUUUAUUCCUAGUAACUAGUCUAAAGAAUGUAAGGAAAUUCAUUAUUGACAGAUCUGACUGUUACGGAGUAUUAACUCUGUCCGAAGUCUUACCACUUUUUAUCUUUGUUAUUCCCAGCGAAUUUUUUUGUUCCCGAGCUCCUCAGGGGCUGGCUCUAGCCCAUUAGGGAUACCUACAAUUUCUCCCAGCCUAUUUCUGGGUUGAUGUUUCCCUCCCAUACUCCUUGGCCCCGGUCCUGUUUUUGCUCCUAUCAGCUCCAAUUCAGAUGCCAGGGGCUUUUUCCCAUUGUGUGGGACCAAACAGGAAUGCCUUGGGGGUCAUAAUCAGAGCAGUCAGGGGAUCUUGUAAUCAGGGUCCUGUGAUACUGCAGAGUUUGGGAACAGGUUGGUGUCAAUCUGCUGGGGUCACUGAAACACCAAUCCCCCAUCUGUGAGGUCACUUUGACCCCAGCCCUGCACAAUGUAGGCCACAGCAAACUGAGCCUUUUACUUUCAACAGCAGAUCGAUCAACUCAUUCAUUUAUUCAUUCAUUCUUUCAAUCCUAUUUAUUAAGCACUUACUGUGUGCAGAGCACUGCACUAAGCACUUGGGAAAGUACAAUACAGCAAUAAAGAAUGACAAUCCCUGGCCACAGCAGGCUCAAAGUCUAGUGGUAUGUCUGGAGCUCACUGGAGGCUGGCCAGUCCUAUCUUCCAAAAAACAGGUGGACCAAUCAAUCAAUCAAUGAAAAGUCAUUUCCUGCCAUUUUCACUCCCCCCACCCAUUUGCUAAGUACUUAUUAAGCACUUUUUCUGUGCAGUGCACUCUGAUACAUAAUUGGGAGAAGACAAUAGAGUGAAUAGGCACAAUGCUUGCUUUUAAGCAUUUUACAAUUUAUUUCCUAAUUUUUUACCACUUCCACUUCCUCUUUCUCCUUCUCUUUUCCCUUCCUCCACUCUCUCUGCCACUCACUUCCUCUCCCUCACUCUCUAUUCUCCUCCAUGGUUUUUGCAUAUCUACUGGCAUUUCUCUUCACUGCCUGGUGCUUUGGAACCUGAAGUUGAUAUAGCCACCACUGCUGGCUGACUUUCAGCUCCUUGAGGCUCCUUGUGUCAGCACUAUCACUAGCAUUAAGCACUUAAAAUGUGAAAACAGAGAAGGAAAAAGGACUUUUCUUGGACAAGAGGAGCUCUGAGAAUCUGGAGACAUCUAAUGAGGUCUGGGAGGUCUGAUAUCUGAUGAGUUAUCAUUCACUACAAUGAUUCCAUUGACAGAAUGGUUUGGUAAUUCUACUUGUCUCCUUGGAGGGUGCCACCUUCCCAAGGCCAUGAUUAUAAGGAAAAUAAAAGAAAUGAGUGAAAGAUAAAAUAGCUCUAUCCUGGUGGAGGGGGUCUCUCUGUAUUGGCCUCUUUAAAAAUGAAAGGAAUGGGAGCCAGCAUGCAGAAAUGGCUCUUUGUAGGACACCUGACCUAUCCAGUCUUCACAGUGUGCUCUGGGCAACAGCCAGUGAACUGUGGGAGAGUGAAGGGAGAAGGAAAUCACAGGUCUCACGGGACAAUCAAAGUGGCACAUUCUGAAUAUUCCUGGUUCAUAGCUCCUGAGGAAGCCUCCAGGAGGCCUCAAAGAAUAAAGAUUGCAAAAUCCCUUUGGCAAAAGCUCAUUAGAUUUCAUGCACCUUAUCAUGCCGAGGACUCUCCCUGCAGGCAAAGGCCUACUUUUCUAUAUAAAUUUGGAGAGCGCCAGGUGGGACAGUUUGAGAUUAGCAAAUUGUCAUCAAUGAAGAAUUAUUGAGCUCCAGCACAUCACUAGCCAUGCACAUUGUGUGCAGUACCCGCGUUUAUGGAGCAUUCCGACUAGAAAGAUAUAGGCAGGCCCAGAGACCUUUACUUUUCAUGUUUUUAAUUGCCAUUUUCUUUCUCAUCUGCCACCUCUCACCAUAGGAUGGGGGAGGGGAAGUCUCAGGGCAGAAGGUUGGAGGUAAGGUUAAGGAAGGGGCAAGGUAAAAGGAGAAAAACAUCUUAGAGGAGGCAGAACACGAUGUGAGGCUUUUUUUUUCCCUCUGGAUUGAUCGCCUCACAUGUCCCUAGUCCUGUUUAAGAAUUGUUUUGAGUCACAUAUAGGCCCGGGAGGCCUGAAAUGGUAAGCCAAAUCAUCAUCCCAAUCAGCUCUUUCUCCUGGAAUAGCAGAGUGAAAGCAGACCCUGCUGCCAGAAAGGUGCCAAAGCUAGGCCAGGCCAGUUUUUCCACUUCUCACCAUGUUUGGAAUGAGUUCAGAGAAGAAAUAUUUGUAGAAUGGCAACAGGUAACCACCCAUGGUGGACAAUUCCACCCUGAGAAUCCUUGUAGUUUAAGAUCUGUAGGAUCUUUGUCCUUGCCUUGGCUGAGCCUAACCCUUCACAAUUUCUCUAACUCCUUGGGGUUCAAGAGACGUCACUAUUUUCCUAGCAAGAAGGCCUGGCUUGAGAGAUUCUCUGCAGCUCUCCUUUUCUGGUUUCUCCAAGCUACGUUUUCUGGGCUUAGGUGGAAGAUGAGAAAACUGCUUGGCACAUUGGCUUAGAAUGUGAAGGGAGCCAUCUUUAUGCUGAUUCCCUUAGACUGUGAGUCCCAUGUAGGACAGGAACAGUGUUCAACCUGAUUGGAAUGUAUCUACCCUAGUGUUUAGUACAGUGCUUGGCAUAUAAUCAACGCUUCACACUUAUCCUUAUUCUGGGCAGGGGGUGGAGGGGUGGGCUGUGAGAGGUGUGCUAAGACAAAUGGGGACAACUCAUUUUGGCCAGACUCCGCUGGUCUUCAGCCAUUGGCUGGUCCACCAAGGGGCACGCUCACAUGCUCAUCAUCCAUUCCAGGCCUGUACCGACCCAGCAACAUGACUCCAGCUAGGAAGCUUUCAAAUGUCCAGAAAUCUGCUUCCCACGAAUGACUCUCUCAAAGAAGGAUCCUCUUUAUAUCUGUUUGUGCAUCGCAAAAGCUUCACAAUUCCCCACGGGACCCUGACUUGUUUCUACUGGCCCAGUGACUAAGACCCAUGGCAUUGACUUGGUUGCUGUGUUGCUUUCUGCUUGGUCCUUGGCUGUUUUCCUUAGAUGAGAGCCAGGAAUCUGCUGAGUUCAGAUUUUAAUCAUUGUACUUGAAGGAAGAAGCCCAACUAGCUGACUUACUUCCUAUGUUCAAAUGAAUAACUUAUAGAUUAUAAUUGCUUUUUGACCCAGGUUUUAAUCAUUAAACCUAAAAUGCUGUUAAACGCUCAUAUUAAAAGGAGUUGUUGCUUCUGGGUGUUCUUUAA